GUGGAGCCAAUAUCUCCUUUAGUCUUAAUGUGGGAUUUUUUGCUCAACGGUUUUUCUCCAAUGAUGGCUUAUCUUCGAAAGAAGGUUUGCCUUCAGUGAUUAUCAUCACAGAUGGCGUUGUCAAAUCGAACCUCGCGCUCAUGUUUGAUGAUGAUGACAUAAUUAUGAAGCUGUGUAAGGACGGGAUAAGGUGCGACGUAAUACAGGUUGGUUCUCGUAAAGGAUUUGAUCCCGGUGUCAGUUUUGGGUUGCCUUCUGAUAACGAAAUGUUGCAAUUUGUCGCCACGGCAACCUCUGGAGUUUUUCUUCAUUCAGAUGAUUGCCCUGAUAUACCCGGUGUUGACUCGGGAACAUCAGACGAGUGGCGUUCAUAUAAUUUCUAUCAGGAAAAUAUGCUUCUUAUAGAGACCACCUUUUCGAAAAAGAAUCAGUCAAAAUAUUCGAAUAGUCAAAUGGAUAACGCCAACACUUAUAGUUUUCCAUGGGAUCCAAGAAGCCAACCGCCUUCUAUCAAGCCGCUGACACUGAAUUUUCGUGACUAUUCCCUAUUUUUGGUUGACGUCCAACAGUUGAUACUUGCUCGAAUGCGUCAUGGAUUUAGUGUUGAUAGUAUUUUAUUGUUACCCGGAAGAGAUGUUAACAUCAAUUCCGAGAGGAUCACUGUUACAAUGUCAAGGCUUUGGUCUCCUAAUAUUUCAAUUCAAUACAAAAUCAAGGCUAUCUGGGCGGGUGAAGCUAAUGGGCUGUCAAGGUUGAAGCAAGUUAAAGCUGAGAUAGGUAUACUGUCUGAUACCGUAUUUGCCAUGAAUCUUCUCAAUUUUCAAAUUUCUCGACAAAAUCGUGAUCCAAAUCAUCCGCUCUAUUGGAGAUUCGUGGCUUUAUACAAUUUCCUUGAAUCCAUUCGCGAAACUGAUGAACUUCUCAAAAAGCAC